AUGGAUUUUUCGUUCCGGGUUUUGAGGUUAGAAAAUACGGUUGUUCUCACGUUGGUCGCACUGCAAAACCAACUCGUCCAUCCUUGUCUAACACAUCGGUAUCGCUAUUAUUGCGUAAUGUCAUUACAUCACCGCCAAUCAGACAAACCAAAAAUCACCAAGUUGAAAAUGUUGCGGUGCUUGAUUCCAGUGGCUCGGCUUGUGCUUCGAGCCCCCAUAGUGAAAAAUGUCGUGCAGAAACCAAUCCCUCAUGUGUGUGCGAGAAGCUUUACGUCGAUUAUCCCUCCAACUAUUGCAGCCCCCAGUUCAAGCCUCCUCACUAACCCUAAGUUAACCCAAAUCAGCAACAAUAUAAUUUCGAGAAAUUUAAUAAAAUUUUCCAUGCGAAAAGGGAAAAGGAAGUCGGUGAAAGCCGUCAGGUUACGUUUCUAUCGCCUGGCUUGGGGUGGAUGGGUGAGAACUAUGGCUGGUCGCCAGAAGAAACUCUGGAAGAAGAGUCCACCCAGGAAGCGACGUUUGAGACAGCACGUGAUGUGCAACGCCAGCCAGAGCUAUUUAUUGGAUAAAAUGGCAGGACCGUUUUGGACUAAGAGGAGGUAUUAUGUAGAUGACCCAUAUGAGCCGUACCAUGAAAGAGAGUAUCACCCUCUAUCUUCUAAAAAACCACAACCUUUCAUCCCCCCAAGUGGGACGGUACCAAACUGUUAAACCAUCUACAUUAUUUAAUAAAAUCUUUAUUUGUAUUGUACAAAAUCAGACAA